AUGAGUUCCAGUGGGGGAGAUGCAAAGUUAUUCGCCAGGGGAAAAGUCGCAGAGCUGCGCCAGGAGCUCAGCAGCGGCGGCAAAAAGGACAAGAACCACUCCGCAAAAAAGAUCGCCCUCAAGAAGAUCGUGGCCAAUAUGACCAUGAGCAAUAACGAUAUGAUCGCCUUGUUCCCGGAUGUCAUUGGGUGUAUGAAUCUGCCGAGCUUGGAGAUCAAGAAGAUGUGCUUUUUGUUCUUGGUUAACUACUCGAGGAUGAAGCCUGAUGUGGCGAUGAAGGCUUUGCCGAUUCUGGUUGAUGACAUGGAAGAUUCUAACCCCCUGGUUCGCGCUCUGGCGCUGCGCACCAUUUCCUAUGUCCAUGUCCGGGAGUUCGUCGAAGCGACUAUUCAACCAGUCAAGCGCCUGAUGAGCGAUAUGGACCCAUACGUUCGCAAAACCGCCGCAUUCUGUGUCGCCAAGCUUUAUGAGCACGAUAGGAAGAUGGUGGAGAGCUCGGAUUUGAUUGAUCGGUUGAAUCGAAUGCUCAAGGACGAGAACCCCACAGUUGUGUCUAGCGUUCUCGCCUCGCUGACAGAUAUCUGGGGGCGAAGUGAAACUAUCUCCUUGACGAUCGACUACACCAGUGCGUCCAAAUUGGUGUCUAUUCUUCCUGAUUGUUCCGAAUGGGGCCAGUCAUACAUCCUCGAAGCCCUCAUGUCGUAUGUUCCGCAAGAUUCGGCUGAGGCACUCCUGCUCGCUGAACGGAUUGCACCACGACUCUCCCACUCAAACUCCGCAGUGGUCCUCACUUCUAUCCGUGUCAUCCUGUACCUCAUCAACUACAUCGCAGACGAAAGACACGUUAACUCGCUGUGCAAGAAGCUGUCGCCGCCCCUGGUUACAUUGCUUUCGAAGCCUCCAGAGGUCCAGUACUUGGCUCUUCGAAACGCUAUCCUAAUCCUGCAGAAGAGGCCCGAAGUCCUCCGGAACGAUAUCCGGGUCUUCUUCUGCAACUACAACGACCCAAUCUACGUCAAAGUGACCAAGCUCGAAUUGAUCUUCAUGUUGACCACCCAGGAGAAUAUUUCCGUGGUGCUGGCAGAGCUGCGAGAGUACGCAACUGAGAUUGACGUGCAUUUUGUACGAAAGGCCGUCCGGGCCAUCGGGAAACUGGCCAUCAAGAUCGAGUCUGCGGCACGGGAAUGUAUCGACACACUGUUGGAGCUGGUCAACGCAAAGAUCCCGUAUAUUGUGCAGGAAGCAACCGUGGUGAUCCGCAACAUUUUCCGCAAGUACCCCAACCAGUACGAGAACAUCAUUGGCAAUGUUAUCCAGAAUAUCGAUGAUUUGGACGAGCCUGAAGCAAAAGCGGCUAUCAUUUGGAUCAUUGGACAGUAUGCGGAUCGAAUUGAGAAUUCAGACGGACUUCUUCAAGACUACCUGGCAACGUUCCAUGACGAAACGGUUGAGGUGCAAUUAGCCCUACUCACCGCAACCGUCAAGUUCUUCAUACAGCGCCCAACCAAAGGCCAAGAGCUCGUCCCUCAAAUCCUGAAAUGGUGCACAGAGGAAACCGACGACCCUGACCUCCGAGACCGAGGCUACAUGUACUGGCGUUUGCUAUCCACCGACCCAGCCGCAGCCCGGAACAUCGUCAUGGGCCAAAAACCACCCAUCAGCGCCGAAAGCGAAAAACUCGACAACCGCACCCUCGAAGAACUUUGUCUCAACAUCGGCACCCUCGCCACCGUCUACCUCAAACCCAUCACGCAAGUUUUCCGCAACGCCCGCAGCCGCCGUCUCCAAUACAGCCCCGCCUUGCAAAAACCCCGCGACCAAAACGGCAACAGCAACCCCAUGCUGCAAUUCAACCCAGCCCCCAUCAACACAACCCCGCUCGCCUCCAACCCAACCGGCACCGCCAACAUCACAACCACAACCGCCUCAACCCACCUAAACACCUUCUUCCCCAACCCCACCGAUCCAUCCGUCAUCGCCCCCUCCCCAAUCACCGGUCUCGGCCCCGACGCAGCAGACAUGAACGCCGCCGUCAGUGCAGCAGAUGUGUACUUCAACGGCGUUGGCAACCAACAAAUGGCAGCCAUGGAUCUAGGCGGACGCAGCGGCGACGAUGGCGACGGCGUCGCAGGUGGCGGCGGCGCAAUGGGGACGCAGUAUGUGGUGAAUCAGAAUCAGCAGUCUGUUUAUCAGCCGCAGUUGGCGGGUGGUGCAGCGACGGGAGAGUUGUUGUUGCUGUAG